AUGAAUGGUUUAUCGUGGGGACCAAUUAAGAAGACUGAGAUGAAAGAUUUUUGCGUCGAAAUAAUGAAGCGGCUCAACGUUCAACGAAAGAACGAGCAGUUCUCUGAUGUGGUUCUUGAAGUUGGCUCUGGGGAUGAUCUGGCUCGCCUGAAAGCGCACAGAAUCGUUUUAUGUGCAGCAAGUCCGUUCUUCUACAAUGCUCUUAACAGCGACAUGAAAGAGAAGAAUGAGGGAGUUAUCAGAUUAGAAAACACGAGCAAAGCUGCGAUGGAAGAAUUGUUAGAAUAUGUUUACACCGGACAUGUUGGCCUCACGCAAAGCAAGGCAUUCGACCUUCUAGAAGUAGCUGACUUUUUUGUCAUUCUAAGUCUGAAAGAGAUCACAAGCAAGUUCAUCGCACAAACAUUGUCUUCUUCCAACUGUCUAAUGGCAUACUAUUUUGCUGUUAAGUAUCAGUGUACUGAUCUGCAUUGGAAAGCGAGGGAUUUUAUCUGUAAAAACUUUAUGAGAGUAGUUGAGCAGGAAGAUUUUCUGAAUUUAAGUAUGAAAGAGGUGGAAGAGUGGAUUUCAAGUCAUGAUAUCGAAGUAAGUGGAGAGGAAGACAUUUUCCAGGUUAUUGUUAAAUGGUGGGAAGGAAAAGAGUACCACGAACGCGAAGAAUUCUUUGAAUUAUUCCGUCAUGUUCGCCUGGUUUACAUGUCACGCAACUAUGUUUUCAAUGAAAUUUUGCCACAUUCUUUGGUGGCCGACAAUAAAACAUGCUCAUCAUUUGUAUUAGAGGCAAUGAAAGAUGUUUCAUCUGGCUCUGAAGAGUGUUUUUUUGCCCAGCCACCAAGAAACUGCCUGAAGACAUCAGAAGAUUGUCUUGUUGUCACUGGAAGAAAUGCCACAAUUUGUUAUGUUUACUCUGAAAACUCGUGGUAUGAGCUGUCAGACCAAUCUGUGAGCAGACAUACCAUGUGUGCUUCUCAUGGUAAACUUUAUAUUAACCGUCCUGCUGAUUGUAAAAUUAAAAGGUAUGAUCCAGCAUUGAACUCUUGGGGGACUGUGAUUUCAUACAGCGGUGGUCAACGGGGUGCAUCUUUAGUUAAUUUCCAAGGGUUUUUGUAUUUGAUUGGUGGAGCAGUAGGAAAUGAGCAUGCAAAAUGUGUGCAUAGGUACAAUCCUGACACAAACCUAUGGCAAAAGGUAGCACCCAUGAGCAUUUCCAGAUCUGGACUGUGUGCUGUAGCUGACAAGGAAAGCCUGUAUGCAAUUGGAGGUCGGACAAGGGAUCAGUUAGUGGAUGUGGUAGAAAGAUUUGACCCCAAAACAAACACGUGGUGUAAAGCUGCCUCAAUUUGUGAAAAGAAAACCUGCCCUCAUGGAGUUAUGUUAAGGGGUAAAGUCUUUUUAUUUGGAGGCUUGACGAGCCUUACUUCAUCAGAUGAUGUAUUUUCAAGCAUCAUUGAAAUGUAUGACCCAAUUUCAAACAUCUGGACAGCCAUUCAGAGCACAUCUGCUCCAAAGCGCUGUUUUAAUGCCACAGGUUUCAAAGGAACUGUUUUUGUUAGCGGUAUUUGGGACCAAGAAAGUUCAGAGAAGUAUUUCUUGAGGGUUUAUGAUGUUGACAAGAAUGAGUGGAAGCCGUGUGCAAAGUUUCCUGAUGACUUUCAUCCAGGUGCUAUGGCUCCUCUCAGAAUUCCAAGAGGAAUUUUGGACUUUCAUAAAAUCAUUAUUCAACCUAUUACCCCCAGGAGUUGAACAGUGAAACCCUAUUUGCUAUUUUAAUAUGGGCACUUUUCUCCUGAUAAGAAAACCCUUUUAAUAUGGUUACAUAGUGAAUUUAUUAUUAAAUAACCUGGGGUCAAUAUAAUAAAACCUCUACAGGUGUAAUUUACAAGUGUAGCUAUUGUUUACAGGCACUAAAACAAUAGCUGCACUUGUAAAUGGCACUUGAAAUUGACCCCUGGGGUUAAUUUAAUGAAACUUCAGGGGUUAAUAGGCCAUUUGGACAAAGAGGUCAUGUGACAUUAUUUUUGUGAAAAUGAAAGUUAAAUGAUUAAUUGCCUUCGAAAAACGGUUAGUGGGUCAUAUCUUAAACAAAAUAAUAGUAAUUUGGUUUUUCAAACCCGCACCGUUUUCCUAAAAUGAGUAAGUUCGUCGCUGGUCACUUGACCAAAAUGUGAUUUUUAAAAUUAUGAAUUUCCUCUUUCUGAACACAACUUUUACGCCUAAACUUCAAGGAAGAUGUUGAAAAGAUGAUAUGGUAACGUUUACAGCACAUCUGGGCAUAACUAUCAAACGUUUAACAAGAUAAUAAGCAAAAAGUAGUUUUGGCCGCAAUAUUGGAGGGCAAGAGUAUGCUUUGUUGAAAAACCAAAGUGCCAUAAAUAAUCUCCCUUAAAUGUGUUUCCUCUCAAAUCUCGGGUGUUAUGUGCUCUGUCAAUUUUUGGCAUCAGCAAGAUUCCAACUCAUUGUUUAUAGGAAGCAUUGGUCACUUGACCUCUUAGUGCAAGUGGCCUAGUUAAUGUUUUCAGACUCAAUAACAGUAGCUACUCUUGUAAAUUACACUUGAAAAAGUUCUUUUAAACUGCCCCCUGUAUUUUCUCUAUAAAUGUGACCCUCCAUGGGAAAACAGGGCUUAUGAAUUUUCACCAGAAUCGUGGAAAAAGAAAACAGUCAUGGGGCAUGAAAUAAACAUUUCAUGGUGUGAAUUCAAAUUUUCAGGCAGUGUUCAUUCUAGUUCAAGUCCGUAUCACUCUCGGUGUGAAACUUUGUUCCGAAGGCAUUAAAAUGAAUCCCCAGCAUGAACAUGUAUGAAAUUGGUGGGACAGAGUUGUUUCACACCCUCAAAAAUUAAUUGCCUUCAAAAGCAAAAAUAAUGAAAUACAGUGAGCAUUUCAGUUGAUACAAACUUGACAAUGGCUUAUUUAGAAUGGUAAAAUUUGUCUGCUGCGUAUAUAAGAAACCAGAUGUGAAAUAUCAACAUACAGUGUUACUUAUCAGAGCCAAAUACUUUAUGGCCUAGUAGUGGUUAUAUGAACUGGGUUUUACUUGUUAAAAGAAUAGAAUAUUUGUGCAUUGUUGUAGUUGUUCAGACCACUGUUGGGUCACCAUAAAUUUUGGAUGAAAUUGUAAUCUUAUCAGACUUAUACAGUUGACUUCUGGUAACUCAAACCCUCCAUAACUCGAACCUCCCGCUAACUCAAAGGAAUUUUCAUUUCCCUUCAGAUCAUUUCAUACAUAAUUUUACCCUCGAUAACUGGAACUCCCGAUAACUCAAACUUUAUUCUUUCCCUAGAAGGUACGAAUUAUCAGGAGUCGACUGUAUGGAUAACUGAAACUUAUUCUACUGUUUUUCAUUUUUUAAAUUAAGUAGAGUAAAAAUCACCUUUGUGUUCAACCUUUCUGUUACCAAAGCUGGUAUUGUUUUGUACGAUUUGAUUAUUAAAAACAAUAUGGGAUGAGGUUUUUGUGAUAUCCGGAAUUGUCAAGGUAAGUGUUAUUAGAUAAGCAGAAUGCCACGGCUGGUAAAACUUACUGAGACCUUGAUUAUUCCGGACAUCACAAAAACCGAAAUUAAUAAUAAUGUUUUAUUAUACAUUGUCUUUAAGAAAAUAUCGUCUAACACACUAUUGCAAGGAACAAAAUUGACUUUGCUUUUGGAAACUAUGAAUUGUAUGUGCAAACUACAGUUCAGUAGACUCUUAGUCUGUAAGAAGACAUAGUGAGUAUAAUAUAAUAUUAUUAUUAUAUUAUAAUAAUAAUAUUAUUGCCAUGCUGACUUGAAGAUUAGUUUAAGUUAAUAGAAUGCAUUACCAAUGAUAUGAUACAUAAAAAUGUAAUCAAUGAAGUAAUAAUGAAUGAAUGGUUACUAUUCUUACAGACUGAUAGCUCUUGGUUUGGGGUGGGGGGGAGGGGGAAUAUCACUCAAUUUAACCCUUUUGCCAAUUAACUGCCCAUAACCGCCCAUGUGGCUCCAUGUCCCUUCUACCGCUUGAGACGUCAACAAUUUUAACGAUCAAGGACAAGUUGUCAGCUAACUUGUGCACAAUUCGGCCAAGGAGGUCAAAAAACCAUUUAAAGUUGACUCAAAAAUUCCUGGUCGCUAAAAAUGUUGUUCCCCUACCCACAUACCUUUCCUUUUAUCUAAUCCUAAGAUUCUAAAAAGUUAAAAGCUUUCCCAGAAACCUUUCCCAUCGAAAUGAAGCCUGCUAAAAUCCCAGAAAAAAGGGAAAAAAUGAUUCAAGAAAAGCGAAAGAGGAGGGGAGGAGAGCAAGCGAAAAAGAAAUUUAAGACUGCUGUGUUACGUUAAACCCCGAUUUUGCUUUCUGUGCAUGUCUGAACUUCGCAAGCUGAUAUUUUGCAUCUGGAUCAGACGGCCUCAAAAGCCAGACAGUGGCCAGAAAACAGCCCGACUAGCUAAGGAGAGAGAACCUGGGAACGAAGUUGUUGGUGUGUCUGCAAAGGGUUCCUACUUACUUCUCUCCCCCAUUUAGUGAGUAACAAAUUCUGUACCCACCCCUUGACUGAGGACUUCAAGGGGGGGGGGACGGACGUAUUGCUGUCGCUUUGUCGGGCAUUUCAGACUGCCUGACCCCUGGUAGGUCAGGGAAAAUGUCGCUGUCGGUUCAGCAUAAAUUUUUGUGAUAGCUGAAAGCAAAUUGGUAAGAAAAAAAGGACUCAAUUUGAAAUUUACGUUGAGAAAUAGCUCCUGAAAAGAAUAUAGAGAAUAUUACACGGUGGCGAGAAGAUAUGAAUUUUAUGUUCUCGUGGCAAGAGCAAUAUCUCACGAGUGAGCGCAGCGAACGAGUGAGAUAUUGUUCUUGCCACUCGAACAUAAAAUUCAUAUCUUCGAGCUAACGUGUAAUAUUCUUUUUAUUAUAUAAACAUACUGAUGACGGCGUUUUUGAUGAUUUUCCAAAGAUUUUCGACCACCUUCCGAAGAUUUCCGAAGAUUUUUCAAAUUGUCCCGAAGACCAGACGAACGUUCCCGAACAUUUUCCGAGAAUUUCCGAAAAUGUCCGAAGAUUGCCGAGCACUUUCGAGGAAGACCCGAAGAUGUUUCGAUGAUACACCAACGAAUUUAAGUACAAUUUAAGAGACAAACCUGAUGUCAGUGAAAUUAUCGAUAUCUCCACAUGUAAAAUAUCGUAUUUUUACGUGUGUUCAGAUACCACAUUCUCGGUGGUAGAAAUCCUUGUAAAACACUGCAGUUUAUAUAAUAAAAAUUGUUAUUUCCCAGAAAAAUUUUAAUGUCCGGGAUUUAGCCCAAGGGGAGGGGCAUGGAUGUAUGUGGAAUUGACUAAUGCAUAACAGUACUCACACAAUUACUGUGUUGGAAAAAAAUAACAACAAGACAAGGGCAUAUUUUCUGAAGGAUUGAUCUGAAGGACUGAUCUCUGUAGUCAGUGAUUUAAGAUUUUAAAUUUAUGAUUUAAAAAAAAAAACAGCCCUAGCUUGUUAGUCGCAGACCCUUUAGUUUCUCUUUAGAGAUCGUCGAGGGCGUGUAUGGAAAAAACCGGAGUCUGACGUAAAUUGUCGCAAAAAAACGAAAACCAACAAAACUUGCUCGAGUGAGAGCCUGGAAAAUAUUGUCAGCGGAAAGCUCCUCCGAUUAUGCGCAGUCAAGUUUUAUCUUUCGCUUUUUGGCGCCUUUUUGCACAAUCUUUUGCCGUUUAGCCGCAAAGCUGAGAGAAGGCGUUUUCCUUUUCUGUUUUCGAGUUUAAUAUUUGGACUUUUCUUAACAUCAUGAUGGAUAGUUUAUCGUGGGAACCAAUUGAGGAGACCGAUAUGCAACAGUUUUGUGUGGAAAUGAUGAAACGGCUCGACCUUCAAAGAAGGAGCGAUCAUUUCUGUGAUGUCGUUUUGGAAGUUGGCUGUGGUGACGAUCAAGCUCGCUUGAAAGCACACAGAAUCGUUUUAUGUGCAGCAAGUCCGUUCUUCUACAAUGCUCUUAACAACGACAUGAAAGAAAAGAAAGAAGGAGUUAUUAGAUUAGAAAACACAAGCAAAGCUGUGAUGGAGGAAUUGAUAGACUAUCUCUACACAGGACAUGUUGACGUCACGCAACACAACGCGUUCGAUCUUCUAGAGAUGGCCGAUUUUUUUGUCAUUCCAGGUCUGAAAGAGACUACAAGUAAGUUUAUCGCACGAACAUUGUCUUCUUCAAACUGUCUAAUGGCAUAUUAUUCAGCUGUCAAAUAUAAUUGCACGGAAUUGCAUAAAGAAGCGAGAGAUUUUAUCUGUACACACUUUAUGAGCGUAGUCGAGCAGGAAGACUUUCUGAAUUUAAGCAUGAAAGAGGUGGAAGACUGGAUUUCAAGUAACGAUAUCAGAGUUACAGGAGAAGAAGACCUUUUCCAGGUUAUUCUAAAAUGGUGGGAAGGAAAAGAGUGCCGCGAACGUGAAAGGUUUUUCGAAUUAUUUCGUCAUGUUCGCCUGGUUUACAUGUCACGCAACUAUGUUUUCAAUGUAAUUUUACCGCAUCCUUUGAUAAAAAAUGAUGAAACAUGCACGGAAUUUGUCCUAGAUGCAAUGAAAGAUCUUUCAUCUGGCUUUGAGGGUUGUUAUUUUUUCCAAGCACCAAGAAACUGCCUUAAGACCUGGGAAGAUUGUGUUGUUGUCACUGGAAGGAAAAACACAAUUUGUUACCUUCCUGCAGAAAACAAGUGGUUUGAACUGGCAGACCAAACAAAGAACAGAGAGUUUUAUACUAUGUGUGCUUCUCAUGGUAAACUUUUUAUCAACAAUGGUGGUCAUUCUACAAUUGAGAGGUUUGAUCCAGCGGUGAACUCUUGGGCACCUGUCACACUAUGCAGUGGUCGUCCAAUGUCACUCUGUGGUGUAGCUUUAGUCAAUUUCCAAGGGUUUUUGUAUGUAAUUGGGGGCAGAAAAGGAAAAGAGCGUGAAAAUGCUGUGUAUAGGUACAAUCCUGACUCAAUUCUAUGGCAAGAAGUUGCACCCAUGAACACCUCCAGAUCUGCACUGUGUGCUGUAGCUGACAAGGAAACUCUGUAUGCAAUUGGAGGUCGGACAAAGGAUCAAUUACUGGAUGUGGUAGAAAGAUAUGAUCCCAAAACAAACUUGUGGUGCAGAGUAGCUUCAACUCUUGAAAAGAAAAGAAACUCUCAUUCUGUUAUUUUAAGGGCUAAAGUGUUUUUGUUUGGAGGAUUUACUAGCCUUGAAUUCCCAGGUACUUCUUCAAGCAGCAUUGAAAUGUAUGACCCAAAAUCAAAUGUCUGGAUGGCCAUUCAGUGUACAUCUUCCCCAUCACGCUAUUGUAGUGCCACAAGUUUUAAAGGAGCUGUUUUUGUCACUGGUUUGUGGGACCUAGAACAUCCUCAUGAUUUUUUCUGGAGUGUUUAUGAUGUUGAUAAGAAUGAGUGGAAGCCUUGGGCAAAAAUACCUCUUUUCUGUUUCAAUGCACGUGCUAUGGCUCCUCUCAGAAUUCCAAGAGGAAUUUUAAACGCUUGUAAAGUUUUGUCUUAA